AUGAGCCUUGAGCAAAACAAACGUUCAUUAUCAUUUGAUGAAACAAACAUUGCUAAAAACCAACAAAUAUAUCCAACUCGGCAUUUAGAUAACACAACAGCUGAUGAACGUGUUUCAUUUAGUUUAGACAAAGAAUUUCCUGAUGAUGAUAAAGAGGAAAUUGUUUAUAGUUCGGCAUCAAAUAUAAUAAACGAUAACAAUAAUGAUGAUGAUGAUGAUGAUGAUGAUGAUGAUGAUGAACAAGCAUCAGCAAGAACCAAUGGUAAUUCAAGCAGUUCUUCAUCAAAAGAAACAACUGAUGAAGAAGCAGUUGAUGAUGAUGUUGAUGUUGAUGAUGAAUCGGAAAACGAAGAAGAAGAAAGAAACAAUGUAGAUGAUGACUCAGUGCUUAAAUUAAAUAAGUCAAAAAGUAAUUCAAUCACAGAUAUAUUUAAACGACUUCAUGAUAAACAAAUAUUUGCUGAACGAAAACAAUAUAUAAGUAUUGAUUCUGGUCAUAUUCAAUCAGAAUCUCCAUCGCCUGUUGAUCUUUCACCAUCAUCAAUAUCACCAAUCAAUCAACAAGUAUUGACAUCAAAAAAAUCAGAUACGAUAACAUAUUCAUAUUUUCGUGCACCUUGUCCUGUUUGUGGUGGUUCAACAUAUGAUAAUACAUCAACUAUUGAAAUAGGAAAACAAUGUUAUCAUAAAACAUGUUUAUGUUGUUAUUCAUGUGAAAAACAAUUAAAAGAAAAUGAAUAUAGUUAUUAUGAUUUAACAACGGAUGGUACAUAUAAUUUUUAUUGUACAUUACAUUUUUGUAAAAGUCGUCUUAAACAAGUAACAACAACAUUAGCAGCAGCAACUCAACAAGAAUCCCAAUCAAAAAUGAUUUAUCCAAAUUUAACUCAAUUACGUACUAAUACAAAUACACAAUGGUCUAAUAAUCUUCGUUUAUAUCCAUCAUUAAAAGAUGCUCUAAGUUCAAAACCACAUCCUCUUAAUAUUAUUCAUAUAUCUGAUAAUAAAAAAAAACAACAAAAUAUUGGUUUUGAACAUAUACAUCAAUCAAUUUUAAAUAGUACAAAUCAAAAAUCUUCACAAACAUUAAUUCGUAGUAAAACAUUUGAUGAAUCUUUAUCUAUACAAUUAAAUGAUAAUGAUGAAAAUUUUAAUAGUAAUACUAAACAAACAAAUAAUGAUUUAAGUAAACAACGAUUUAAAAGAUAUGGACAAAAUCGUCCAUCAUCACCAUUACCAAUAACAAGUUCACAAAUAAUAUUAACAGAAAAUUUAAAAUCAAAUGAAACAAAUUCAGUACCAAUAAUAAAUCGAAAAAAGAAAAAAAUUCUUAUACCACAAUCAAAUUUAAAUUUAUCAUCAUCAUCAUCAUUACAAUCAUUAGAUGAUGAACGAAAACGUUCAUCGAAUGAACGUCGUCGACAACGUGACGAACGACAAAAAGAACUUGUUCGUUUUCGUCGUUCACAAGAAAUUCAACGUGAACUUGAAGAAAUUGAACAAAAACGUUUGGAAUUUGAUAAACGUUAUACAAUAGCACGUCAAAACUUUAAUUUAUCAACAAAUGAUGAAAAGAAAAAAGCUUAUUGGGAAAGAGAAUGUUUAUGUAUUGUACGAGAAAAAUCAGCGUUACAACGUACAGAAGAAGAAUUAUCAAUGGCUAAACGUGGUUUGACAUUAGAAAAUGAACGUGCACGUGCAGAAAAUGAAUAUAGACAAUUAAUUAAUUUACCAGAUGAACAUAAAACAGCUAAAGAUAAAGAACAUGAAGAACAAUUAAUAACAACGAUUGCAAAAUUAGUAGAAGCGAGAAAUAAUUUAACAGUUGAACUUGAUCAAAUGAGACUAAGGGAACUACAAGAAGACGAAUGUCUACGCCUUGCAUUUCAACUUCAUGGGAUCGAACAUCAAACAACGAAUUUACCUAUAUUUGAUACUCUUAAAGACAUUAUUUAA